ACAAUAUGGCGGCGGGUGGCGGCUUGGCCGCUCUUUUGCCCGCACAGACACAGCUGGACUACGCGCUGGAGGAUGCGCUGACGCUUCAGGAGAAGGAGAACUUGGUCUACCAGCACUUGCGAAAGUUGGAUACGCGGGAGCAGGAUCUGAAAGUCCCGGAGUUUGGAAAAGAUCUGCAGUGGCUAAAUACUGAAGGUCCCCUCUCUAUGCAUAAAGAUUUUUGUGGAAAAGUGGUUGUGUUGGAUUUCUUCACUUACUGCUGCAUCAACUGUAUUCACCUGCUGCCUGAUCUCCAUGAAUUAGAACAGAAAUACUCUGCUAAAGAUGGUCUCCUUGUUGUUGGUGUGCACUCAGCAAAAUUUCCAAAUGAAAGGAUUCUGGAUAACAUCAAAAGUGCUGUUCUCAGACACAACAUCACUCAUCCUGUGGUAAACGAUGCAGAUGCAACCCUCUGGCACGAGCUAGAUGUGUCCUGCUGGCCAACCCUGGUCAUCGUUGGCCCUCGUGGGAACAUGCUGUUUACUCUGGUUGGUGAAGGACACAAGGAGAAACUAUUUCUAUUUACAUCCAUAACCCUAAAGUAUUAUAGAGAGCAAGGACAGAUCAAAACUAAUAUAAUUAGAAUACAGCUCUAUAAAGACUCUUUGCCACCUUCUCCUCUGUUGUUUCCUGGAAAAGUUACAGUGGACAAUUCUGAGGACAGAUUGGUAAUAGCAGACACUGGACAUCACAGGAUAUUGGUUGUCAGGAAAAGUGGCCAAAUUCUGCACAUUAUUGGAGGACCAAACAGUGGAAGACAAGAUGGAAUAUUUUCAGAAGCAUCUUUCAGUUCACCACAGGGGGUGGCCAUAAAGAACAAUAUUAUUUAUGUAGCAGAUACAGAAAACCAUCUGAUUAGGAAGAUUGACCUUGAGUUAGAGAUGGUGAGCACUGUAGCAGGGAUAGGAAUACAAGGCCUGGAUAAGGAAGGAGGAGCCCAAGGAGAAGAGCAGCCCAUUAGUUCACCGUGGGAUGUCAUCUUUGGAACCUCAGUUUCAGAAACACAUGAAAGUGAUAUUCUAUGGAUUGCCAUGGCAGGUACACAUCAAAUAUGGGCACUCAUGUUGGAACAUGGAAAGCUUCCCAAAGGAAGUGACUUGAAGAAAGGAACCUGCCUCCGCUUUGCUGGGAGUGGAAAUGAAGAGAACCGAAACAAUGCAUAUCCUCAUAAAGCAGGUUUCGCCCAGCCUUCUGGUCUCUCCCUUGCCGCUGAGGAGCCUUGGAACUGUCUUUUUGUAGCAGACAGUGAGAGUAGUACCGUGCGAACCAUCUCAAUGAAAGAUGGAGCUGUGAAGCAUCUUGUAGGAGGAGAGAGAGACCCAAUGAAUUUAUUUGCCUUUGGUGACAUUGAUGGAGCUGGGAUAAAUGCAAAGCUACAGCAUCCCUUAGGAGUAGCCUGGGACAAGAGACGAAACCUCCUUUAUAUUGCAGAUUCCUAUAAUCAUAAGAUUAAAUUUGUAGAUCCUAAAAUGAAGAAUUGUGCUACACUGGCAGGUACAGGAGAAGCAGGCAAUGUCAUUGGUUCCAACUUCACCUCAUCAACUUUUAAUGAACCCGGGGGCCUGUGUGUUGAAGAGAGAGGGUGUUUGCUCUAUAUUGCAGACACAAACAAUCAUCAAAUUAAAGUGCUAGAUUUAGAAACCCAAAUCGUUUCACUGCUACCUCUUAUGAAUGAAGAAACACUGGACACUAUAGAUGGUCCAGUUGUGCAAAAGAGUGCUAUGGCAAGACUACCAAAGCUGCCUAAAUCUGCUCCAAAUCUUCAGCUACCUUCACUGACUGUAAGCCCUGGCCAGGCACUUCAGUUUUUGUUAAAACUCAGCCUUCCUCCAAAUGCCAAGCUGACUGAAGAAGCACCUAGUUCAUGGUUUCUCACAUCAGAAGGUAGUGAGUGGUUACUUUAUGAACAGAACAUAUUUGGAGAAAUUGAGGACAUUUCCAGACAACCUGCAAUCUCAUUACAGAUACCCAUGAGCUGCCUAUCUGCUGAAGUUGUACUGUCAAUCAAAGUGUGCCUCUAUUACUGUAGCAAGGACAGCAGUGCCUGUAUGAUGAAAGGAAUCUCAUUCAACCAGCCUUUACAUAUAGCAAACGCUAACCAAGGCAGCGCCACUCCAGUUGAGCUAACGUAUGCAUUUUAAUGGAACCAAAGCUAAAGAAGAAGCUACGCUCUUAAUUUCUACUGCCUAAUGUUUUUUAACCCAAGAAGAAGUGUUAAGAGAAGCUUCACUCCUGGUCUUCCAGAAAAGUGUUAACAGUAAUUCAGUUACGGAAUUCUGUUUACCUUGAAAGCCUAAAAUAUCUCCAAUAUGCUUGGUCAUAUGAAAUGGAAGACUUCAUGCUGAGUCAUGAAAAAUGUAACUAAAUUUUAAACUUUGUUUCUUUAUAGUAUUAGCAAUAAAUCUAAAAUGAGUUUGGGUCACUGAAUAGAGUGGUAAUUUUCUUGAGUAAGAAUGAAUAGCGUUCCUCUUUGGAGGUUCAGUCUUAUUCAUGUAACUUAAUAGAUUUGUUCUGUUUGUGAUCAAACCUAUUUUGGGCUGAACACAAACCUAUUUUAUGACUUCUCUUCUCCUUGAAUAAAUUUUAUGCCUUCUCUUUGAAUAGAUUAUUGAAAUACUGACUUUUUGUUUCUCUGGUUUAUAAAAUUUGUUUUUUUUUCAUCAUAAGAUAAAGUAUUUAGAAAACAAUGUGACAUGAACCUAAAAUGAGUAUAGGCUUAUUUUUGUAAGACCUGUUAUAUAAAAACUAAUAUUUAUGCCUUAUAUGAUGACCACAUUUCUGUGUGAGGUCUAGAAAUAAUGAUAAUGCAAAAAGAUAGGAAACACAUCUAAUAGCAUUCUUUUUCUAAUUGAUGUGGCUAUUUACAUAUUUUGGUGAAAUCACAAAAAUUAAUGGCUUUAAGGGUAAAGUUAUUAUGACCUAAUGUAAGCUUUCUUAGCAUUUUUGGCAGUACAGUGAAAAAACCAAAAGGACAUUAACCAUGCUUUACAUCAAUGCCAGAGUUUAUUAAAGUUAUUAUAAAAUCGUGACAGUCCUUAUAAAAUACUUUCAUUCGCUUUAUUGUGCUAUAUAAAAAGCAUUUGAAUUCAACAGUCCUCUUUAGAUAUAUGUGUUAUUGAGAACUGGUCUUGGCCAAAAGUGUGUAUCACCAUCAUUGAUACAUUAUAAUUGGAAAGUUAUUCCAUGUGUCCAUUAAAAUGGUUUUUCACAGAAAUUGUUGGCUGCAGGAACUCGUGAACCAAAGUGAAAUUAAAUGGAUUCACCUCUGUAUUUGUUUGAAUAUGAUCACC